GGGCGGAUCGGUGGGGAGGGGGCGGGGCGCGGCCAGGCCAGGCCCGGGGGCUCCGCAUGCUGCAGCUGCCCCCGGGCGCCCCCGCCGCCGCCCUCGCCGCAGAGCCGCGCGGAGCCGACCGGGCGACUUAACCCCGAGCCGGCGGCCCGGAGCCAGCCGGCGGGCGUCCCGGAGGCGGCGGCGCAGGGAGGGGCCCAACGCGUGCACGUGGCCCCGGCGGCCGCCAUGGCGGACAGCGGCCCCGCUGGGGGCGCGGCGGUGGCGGCUCCGGCCCCCGGGCCGGGCGGCGGCGGGCCCGGGCCCCGCGUCUACUUCCAGAGCCCCCCGGGGGCCGCGGGCGAGGGCCCGGGGGGCGCGGACGACGAGGGCCCCGUGAGGCGCCAAGGGAAGGUCACGGUCAAGUACGACCGCAAGGAGCUCCGGAAACGCCUCAACCUGGAGGAGUGGAUCCUGGAGCAGCUCACCUGCCUCUACGACUGCCAGGAAGAAGAGAUCCCCGAGCUGGAGAUCGAUGUGGACGAGCUCCUGGACAUGGAGAGUGACGAUGCCCGAGCUGCCAGGGUCAGGGAGUUGCUGGUUGACUGUUACAAACCCACUGAGGCCUUCAUCUCUGGCCUGCUGGACAAGAUCCGGGGCAUGCAAAAGCUGAGCACACCCCAGAAGAAGUGAGGGUCCCUGGCCCGGAUGAACGGGGGCUCCCACUGGACAAUCGCUGCCCUCCCCACCUCGUAGCAACAGCAAUACCUGGGCGCCCUGCAGCUCGGCCUGGCGCCGUGAGCGGGGCUCCCUGUGCCCCUGCGCCAGGGGCCUCUUCCCUGCCCCCUCGGUUUUCCACUUUCGGGGGUUUUUUAUUGUUAUUAAACUGAUGGGAUUUUUGUGUUUUUAUAUUGACUGCAGCGCGGGCCCUUUAAUAAAGCGAAGACAUGCCUUGGG